AUGUCCAGAGGGACAGCCAGAGCUCAUUGCAGAAGUGAAAAACAGCCCAAUCAUCCUGGCUCUCUAUAUGCCUUUGGUAUCAGUGCAGGGGCACGUCACUCUCGCAAGUUUGGGCAUACCAAAUUUGCAAAGCAGUCCAAGUACACUGACUCUGAAUUGCGUGAGAGUGACCAUGACCUACUAGGCCUUGCUUCCCUUGCAUGGGCUAUAAUCAUGUCACGGUUGCCUGUGGAGAUUAUCAAGGAGUUUGCUAAUGGACUGGAGGAUAGUGGAGUUCCAGCUCUUUUCUCACCAUCUAUUGAGAGUGGUUCUAAAGGAUAUUACUUCCCUUUUCAUGGAAAGCUUUAUCAGUUUCAUGAUGAACCCCACCCCCCACCUGAGAUUUAUUAUGCACAGAAUUAUACAGCAUAUGUUAUUUUGCCUUCUUUUUGUACAGUAGCUUUUCCCACUAACUGCUGUUCAUAG